AUGGCAAGAGCAAGAAGAGGAGCGUUAUUACAAUGUGAUCCAUCCAUUAAGGCAUUAAUAGUUCAAAUAGAUGCACAAAGAAGCGAUAUAAUAUUGGAAGAAUUAGAUGAUACUCAUCUUCUAGUGGAUCCUAACAAAGUAGCCUUUAUUAAGUUUGAAUUAAAUCGGUUGUUAUCUAAGAAUAUUUAUAAUCCUAUGGACGAUGAAGAAGAGAAUUAA